AGCUGCAUUGAUUAAGGAUCUCGUCGAGAAUUGAACUGAACAAACGCGCAAAUUCGUCGUUCGGACCGUCUCCACAUUUCUCGGCCAAGUUUCCGAUCAUUUUCCGACGAGAUCGCCAACUAUCCGUCGGAAUAGAAGUGGUAUUCGGUUGGAUUUGUAAGGUCCGAUCAUGGCUCCUGUUUCGGCUCUUGCUAAGUACAAAUUGGUGUUCUUGGGGGAUCAGUCUGUCGGUAAAACCAGCAUUAUUACACGGUUUAUGUACGACAAAUUCGAUAAUACUUAUCAGGCUACAAUCGGUAUUGAUUUCCUCUCCAAAACAAUGUAUCUUGAAGAUCGGACUGUUCGCUUGCAGCUGUGGGAUACUGCUGGACAGGAAAGGUUUAGGAGUCUUAUUCCAAGCUACAUAAGAGACUCGUCAGUUGCAGUCAUCGUAUAUGAUGUUGCAAGCAGGCAAUCCUUUCUCAACACUUCAAAGUGGGUUGAGGAGGUUCGUACGGAGAGAGGAAGUGAUGUCAUUAUUGUUCUUGUGGGCAACAAAACUGAUCUUGUGGACAAGAGGCAAGUUUCAAUCGAGGAAGGAGAGGGCAAAGCCCGCGAUCUCAACGUCAUGUUUAUUGAAACUAGUGCUAAGGCUGGAUUCAACAUAAAGCCAUUGUUCAGGAAAAUCGCUGCAGCCCUUCCCGGAAUGGAAACUCUAUCAUCAGCGAAGCAAGAAGACAUGGUCGAUGUCAACUUGAAAUCGAGCAAUAAUAAUGCCUCUCAGUCGGGACAACAGGCAGGAGGGUGUUCCUGCUGAUCACAUGAACUUCGCGCAAUUUGUAAAGUGCUCAUUACUGUUAUUCCUUGCUUCGAAUUUUGUUUAAAAAUUUUGAAAGAGUAUUCUCAUUCGGAUACAGUA